GGAUACAGCCCUAAAAAGAAAAAAAAGGCUGCUUAUUCAGAUCAAAGGAGAUAACUUAGUUGGAAAGGUGGUUUUGGAGUUCAAAGGGAAAAGCUGAGGUUGGAGCCGUAACUUUGGGGAUGGUCAGCAUACAGAUGGUAGUUAACACAGAGACACUGGAGAAGAUAAACUAGGGAGCCAAUGGAAUAAAGAACAAGAGAGGCCCAAGUAUUGACAUCAAGGGCGCACCAAUGUCUAGAAGUCAGAAGGAUGAGGAGAGAGCAGUGAAGAGGUCUGUGAAUGGGCAGUGAUGAAAGAGGAACCACAGUGGUGGCGGGGGGGGAUGGUGUUGAGAAGCCAGUGAAGCAAAUGUUUGAAGUAGGAGUAAGUAUCAAAUGUUUUAAACUAUGAGAAUCUGAGUGAGAUGAGCAACGAGGGCUAACAGAUUUGACUGUGUGGAGGCCAUCAGUAAACUUUCCAGAAGCAGGUUUUGGAAGAAGGUUAUUAGGAGUCAGUUUAGGAGAACACGGAGGUAGAAAAUUUGAGACAGUGAAUAUGGACAACUCUUUCAAGGAGUUUUGCUGUAAAUGGGAGUAGUGACAUAAAUAAAGGCUAAUUAGUAGAUUGGUGUUGGGAAGAUUAGAUGGCCCUCCUUUUCUUGUUUCUAUUAGUGAAAUAAGAGGUGAAGUUGUUAUCGUAGUAAAAGGAGGGACAAGCAGGCGUUGGAGGCUUGAAGAGAAAGAAGGAGGUAUGAAAUUGUCAUCUUGAGAGUGGGAAAGUGGGACAUGUGGGAUAAUUAAUGGUCAUUACUGAAGGUUUGUUUGAGAUCUAUGUCAUGAAUUCUAAGCAAAGGUCAUAGUCAUAAUUGUGGUCUAUUUUCUACUGUAUUCACCUGUUUGAGUAUAGGCAUUGAGUAGGUAAAAAAGCUGGGUUUAAUUAAAGUAGUGUUUGGCCAGGUAAGUAUCAUGGAGGGAGGGAGGAACAAGAGUCGAAGAGAACACCCAAGGGAAUGAUUAAUAUGGGUAAGGAAGGAAAGUAAAACAUGGUGGGAGUAGGAAGGAUAAUGGGUAAGGAGGUGGUAGGUCAAUGCACUUGUUUCUGAAAGUGUGAAAAUUGCUGUAGUGGGGAAAGCAUGCUGGAGAGAAAGCAUGCCAGUGUUCACGGGAUAGAAUGAAGACUUUAUUGGCAAUUGUAAAAUCAAAGACAUGGCUAUGGGAAGGGGUGGCUGAGGUCAGUUGAGGAAAAGAUGAUUGGAAAUGGAGGGAUUGAAGAACUCAAAAGGCCACACUCUAAGGUGGAGAGUCUCUGAAUGUGGAAAUCACCAGGGAUUAUCCCAGGAUUAGUAGGAAAGGUAGAGAUAGUAAAGCAGGCAGUAGAAUGUUCAGUGAAUGAAUUAGCGAAUGAAGGAAUAUGCUUUUGAGAUUACAGGAUAACUGCAGCAAUCGGGAACAGCUGAUGGUAUAAUCCUGUGUCCUGUGCUUCAGAAGAGCUGGACUGUUGAAGGACAUGAGAAGUGGUGAUGAAGAGUAAGAAAGUAUGAGGAAGUACUGCCUAGUGAUGUAAAGAAACAAUUGACUUCAAUCUCUGAAGAGAUGAUGGAUCUGGCUAAGCAUCUUCCUGACACUUUUGGAAAGUUGGAAAGUCCACAGAGGGUUUCUAUGCUAUUGAAGGAUAUUUCAGAAAAUCUGUGUUCAUUGAGGAAGAUGAUAUUUGGUUCUACUGGAAAUGAACUGAGUCCCAUCAGUAGUUUUCACUUAUUACCAUUGCAAGAGCCAACUGCUAGUAAAGUACAACAGAAACAAAUUACAAUAUAUGAUUUUUUUACUAAAGUUAGAGAUGAGGCAUGGCACAGAACACUUGAUAAUUUAAUUAAACAUGGUGGAGAAAAUGUCCUUGGAAAUGAAGCUAAUCAAGAAGAUGGAUUUGAAACUGGACUAGAAGAAGACAAUGAGCUGAAAGAGAACACAGAAAGAGUUUGUUUGAUGUCAUUAGAUAUUACGGAAUAUGAACUGCAACUUUUGGAACAAGAGGCUAAGGAAAAAAAUCUUAGUAAUAUUACUUCCAGCUCUCCUGAGCAUUUGUCUUCCAAGGACAACGAAGAGGAUAUAUCUUAUGUAAUUGAGAGUGAUGAAGAUUUAGAAAUGGAGAUGCUUAAGUCUUUAGAAAAUCUAAAUAGUGGCACAGUAAAUCCAAAUCAUACAAAAUGCAGAGAAAUGGAAGGAAAUCUGGGUCUUCCUUUGGAAGAAGAUGAAGAUGAGAAUGAAGCUGUUGUAGAGGAAGAAGAAGAAGAAGACUACUUGUUACCAGAACCUACCGCAAAGCAAAUUAAUUGCCUCAAGACAUACUUUGGCCAUUCCAGUUUUAAACCGGUUCAGUGGAAAGUGAUUCAUUCCAUAUUGGAAGAAAGAAGAGAUAAUGUUGUUGUCAUGGCAACUGGGUAUGGAAAGAGUUUGUGCUUCCAGUACCCACCUGUCUCUGUAGGUGGGAUUGGCCUUGUCAUCUCUCCCCUUAUUUCUUUGAUGGAAGACCAAGUGCUCCAGCUUGAAAUGUCCAACAUUCCAGCUUGUUUUCUUGGAUCAGCACAGUCAAAAAAUGUUCUAGAGGAUAUUAAAUUAGGAAAAUACCGCAUUGUAUACUUAACUCCAGAAUUCUGUUCAGGUAACUUGGACCUACUCCAGCAUCUUGAAGCUAAUAUUGGUAUCACAGUUAUUGCUGUGGAUGAGGCUCACUGUAUUUCUGAGUGGGGACAUGAUUUUAGAAAUUCAUUCAGAACUUUGGGCUCCCUAAAGUCAGCACUCCCGUUGGUUCCAAUUGUGGCACUGACUGCUACUGGAACUUCUUCAAUCCGAGAAGACAUUGUACGUUGCUUAAAACUGAAGGAUCCUCAGAUUACCUGUACUGGUUUUGAUCGACCAAACUUGUAUUUAGAAGUUGGACGAAAAACAGGAGACAUCCUUCAGGAUCUGAAGCAGUUUCUUGUCCAGAAGACAAGUUCUGCCUGGGAAUUUGAAGGUCCAACUAUCAUCUAUUGUCCUUCCAGAAAAAUGACAGAACAAGUUACAGCUGAACUUAAGAAACUGAAGUUAGCCUGUGAAACAUACCAUGCAGGACUGAGUAUUCACUUAAGGAAGCAAGUUCAUCAUAAGUUUAUGAGAGAUGAAAUUCAGUGUGUCAUAGCUACCAUAGCUUUUGGAAUGGGCAUUAAUAAAGCUGACAUUCGUAAAGUCAUUCAUUAUGGUGCUCCUAAGGAGAUAGAAUCAUAUUACCAGGAGAUUGGUAGAGCUGGCCGUGAUGGACUUCAAAGUUCUUGUCACAUUCUCUGGGCUCCAGCAGACAUUAACCUAAAUAGGCACCUCCUUAGUGAGAUAUGCAAUGAAAACUUUCGAUUAUACAAAUUAAAGAUGAUGGCGAAGAUGGAAAAAUAUCUUCAUUCCAGCAGGUGUAGACGACAAAUCAUCUUGUCUCAUUUUGAAGACAAACAGCUACGAAAGGCCUCCUUGGGAAUUAUGGGAACUGAAAAAUGCUGUGAUAAUUGCAGGUCCAGAUUGGAUCACUGCUUUUCCACUGAAGAUUCAGAGGAUAUGUCACAGGACUUUGGUCCACAAGCAUUCCAGCUCUUAUCUGCUGUGACCAUCUUAGGAGAAAAGUUUGGAAUUGGGCUUCCGAUUUUAUUUCUCCGGGGAUCUAGUUCCCAGCGUCUUGAAGAUAAAUACCGCAGUCACAGUUUCUUUGGCACUGGCAAGGAUCACACAGAGAGCUGGUGGAAGGCUUUUUCCCGCCAGCUCGUAACUGAGGGGUUCUUGGUAGAUGUUCCUGGGCAAAGCAAAUUUGUAAAGAUUUGCACCCUUACAAAAAAGGGUAGAAAUUGGCUUGCUAAAGCCAAAACAGAAUCUCCUCAGAGACUCAUCCUUCAAGCUAAUGAAGAAUUGUGUCCGAGGAAGUUUUCUCUACCAAGUUCUAAUGCUGUAUCUUCGGGCACUGAACAAUAUUCCUCUAAUCAAGUACCAGUUGAAUCAACUUCAGAGAAGAAGCAGUCUAACUUGAAGAAGACAUAUUCUUACAAAGCAUCUGAUAAAAUCUCUUCUGGGAGUAAUACUCCUAAAAAAAGUAUCAUGGUGCCAUCACCAAGAAAAUACUAUAUGUCAUCAGAACCUGUUAUUUCAGCUCAAGAGCAGGAGACUCAGACUGAGUUAUAUGGCAAAUUGGUGGAAGCCAGACAGAAACAUGCCAAUAAAAUGGAUGUUCCUCCGGCUAUUCUGGCAACAAAUAAGAUACUGGUGGAUAUGGCCAAAAUGAGACCUACUACAGUUGAAAAUGUGAAGAGGAUUGAUGGUGUUUCUGAAGGCAAAGCUAUGAUGUUGGCCCCUCUUUUGGAAGUCAUCAAACAUUUCUGUCAAAUAAAUAGUGUUCAGACAAAUGUCUUUUCAAGUGCAAAACCUCAAGAAGAACAGAAGAAAAGUCUGGUGAUGAAAGAUAAAGCAAGUUUACUUUCACAGUCUGAGGCCAUCACAUAUUCUUUAUUCCAAGAAAAGAAAAUGUGUUUGAAGAGUAUAGCUGAGGAAAGGAUUCUGCCUCUCACAGCCGUUGGCAUGCACUUGUCCCAAGCGGUGAAAGCUGGCUACCCACUCGACAUGGAUCGAGCAGGCCUGACUCCAGAGGUUCAGAAGAUCAUUGCUGAUGUUAUCCGAAACCCUCAUAUCAACUCAGAUAUAAAUAAAAUCAAACUAAUCAGAAAGUAUGUUCCUGAAAGCAUUGACACAUACCUUAUCCACAUGGCAAUUGAGAUCCUGGAAAAAGAUUGUGACAAUAGAAUACAAUGCCAGUCUGCAUGUGAUUCCAGCAAAAAGAGAUAUUUCUCCAACUCUGAAGAGAGCUGUUCAGAUGCUAAGAGAAGCAAGGAAGAAGUAAGCAUAAAUACCAAGGUUGAUAGAAAAUAUCCUUCUGAUUUUUCACUGGAAGAUGAGAGCCACAGGAAUUCACUGAAACUAACUUCUUGGAAUCAGCCAUUUAGCGAUCCAGAAAUAGAAGACUUAUUUACAGAUUCUCAUUCACAGACUUCAUCCAAAACCUCAGAGAGAAAAUUACCUGGGUGGUUUGCCAAAGAAAAUGAGAUCUUACCUGAUACCAGCAAGAAAUCAGCGGCCAAAACAAAGAAGAAGGGUCUUUUUUGUUAAACUGGCAACUGUUAAAGGAAUUCUGUGUGUCUUGCUCUAUCUUAAGAGGGAAGUAGUAUUUCAUUUCUGAAAAGAGUGGGGAGUAAUAUUUUUGUUUACAAAUUAUUCUAAUCUCAAAGUAAAACUCACCUAUUUAUUGAAUAGCUGGUGUCUUAAAACAGCCUUGUGCAAUUUGUGUAAAUGUGGGUCUUCUGAGAGCCUGAGUACAUCUUAGAGCAGAAUCUUUAGUUUCCUCCUAGAUUGCUUUAAGAAACUGCAUUCCUGCCCUGUUCUCGAAUCUCUUUUCUUACUUUAACAGUAUGUUUGGAAUAUAUAAAGUGCGGUGAUUUAGUUUAGAUAACAGAUCAGUUGUACAGUGAUUAUGUGUGUGAUAUAAAAUAUUCCUAUAUUACCAAAAUUCUGCCUUAUAAUUGAAGAGCAUAUAGUUAAUUUUUUUUUUUUUUUUUGUCUUUUUGCCUUUUCUAGGGCCGCACCCGUGGUAUAUGGAGGUUCACAGGCUAGGGGUCUAAUCGGAGCUGUAGCCGCUGGCCUACGCCAGAGCCACAGCAACGCAGAAUCCAAGCUGCAUCUGUGACCUACACCACAGGUCACGGCAACGCCAAGAUCCUUAACCCACUGAGCAAGGCUGGGGACCAAACCCGCAACCUCAUGGUUCCUAGUUGGAUUCCUUAACCACUGAGCCAUGAUGGGAACUCCAAACAUGGUUGUUUUAUAACUCGUUUUUACUAUUGUUAGAAAUAACUUAUCCUCAUUUGUCAGUGGUAUUAGCGGACCAGGCCAGUGAAAAUAAACCUUUUGGGGUUCUGUGUAAAUAGGGAAAAGGAUAUAACAAAGGAGAUUGAUUGCACUUUACAACUAUACAUUUUGUAUUUUAUAUCCUAUUUCUUUUAUCUUUUCAAAUAAUUUUAAGAAGUCCUUCAUACUGAAUAUUAUAAAGAUGUAUAUUUUUUAACUUGAUUUCAAUUGCUUAAUUACCUUGAACACCUUUAAUUUUUGAUGAUGUCAGAAUUUGAUUCUAGUAUCUCUUCAUGUAGCACAUAUCACUGAAAUAUAUACCUACUGACCCUGAUUUGGGUAAAUCAUGGUUGGUAGAACUUGAAGCAGUUCACCAUAUGACAUUUAAUUGAUUUUUUUGUAAAUAAAAAUAACUGUUGUUAAAAAAAAGAAUAUAUGUUUGUUGUAGAAGAAUUAGAAAAGCCAGAAAAGUGAAAACAAGAAAAUAAAAAUCACAGUAGUUUCACUGGUAGGUAAUCAGUUAACCUCUUUCAUAUAUCCUGCUAAGCCUUUUUAUUUAUAGUCAUUUCUUAGUUUGUUACAUAAAUAAUAUGUGAAUGAAUAUUCUUUAUAAAGCAUUCAAGCUAUACUUAAAACAUGAAAGUAUCUCAUAUUCCCAUUUCCCCAUAUCCUGUUACCACCAGCCCAUUUCCACAAGGUAAUGGCUAUUGAAUAUGUGAUAUAUAGUUUUUUAGUCAUUUCUUCUACAUUGACAUGCCUCUGUAUCUGUAGGUACACAUACCUUCUUGGUUUUUAAUUAUUAUUUUUACAUUUAAGUAUUUAUUUGAAAUGUUAGUUUCAAGUGAACAGCAUAGUGAUUCAAUAUUUUUAUAGAUUAUACUUCAUUUAAAGUUAUUAUAUAUAAUAUUGGCUAUAUUCCCUGUGCUGUAUAGUAUGUUCUUAUAAUUUACUUAUUUCAUAUGUAAUAGUUUGUACCUCUAACUUCCCUACCCCUGUCUUUCCUGCUCCUUUCUCCUCUCUCUUCUCUGGCAACCACUAGUUUGUUCUCUAUAUGUGUGAGCCUCUUUCUAUUUUUUAUUCAUUCAUUUGUUUUUAAAUUCUACAUGUAAGUAAUAACAUACAGUGUUCAUCUUCCUCUGUCUGUCUUAUUUUACUAAUCAUAAUACCCCAGAUCCAUCCAUGUUGUUACAAAUGGCAAAUUUUCAUUCUUCUUUAUGGAUGAGUAAUAAUUCUACUGUCACUAUUUGCAGAUGACAUGAUACUGUGUAUAGAAAACCCUACAAUCUCCACCAGAAAACUUCUGGAAAUGAUAAAUGAAUAAAGUUUUAGGAUACAAGAUUAA